CCAUAUUUUGACGUUUUGAAAGUAAAGAAGAAAACGAAAACUCUUCUUGAAAUAAAUUUUAACUUGAAAUUCUUGUUAAAAUUACUAUUUACUAGUGAACGAUUAUCCUCCUUCGGUUAUUAAUAUAUAUUAUUAUUGUGUUGAUGAUACAGUGAAGUCGAGGUGAAGUGUCCUACAUUUAUCGCUAAAGAAAUGCCGGUGGAUCAAAUUCAGUAUUCCGAAAGAUAUCAAGACGAUACCUAUGAAUACAGACAUGUGAUCCUGCCACCAGACAUCGCUCGCUUCGUCCCCAAGUCCCACCUCAUGACGGAGACAGAGUGGCGGAACCUCGGAGUUCAGCAGAGUCCCGGCUGGCUCCACUUCAUGGUGCACAAUCCAGAGCCCCACGUGCUGCUGUUCCGGAGACCCCGCACCGACCUCCCCCAGCCCGUCGUCAAUGGACUUGAUAGUAAUACGAACUCAGUGGUGAGAGUAUAGUGGUUGUGCUAUUAGGAUUUUGGAAUUCAUUUCGGUGAUACUGGUUAUGUUUGUGGAUGUAUUCUUUUGAACACCUAUUAAAGUUUGUAAGUAUUCAAUUAUGAAAAGGUUUUUAAAUAAAAUUACUUUCACUGAGAAUGUACACUGAGAGUAUAAAUAAAGAGAUAUAGCAUUUAGGGCAAUUUGCACCAAUUUUUUUUACCUAUUGCUCUCUUUGACAGUAGAGUGAGAAGGACAGCAAUAGAUUAAUUUUUGUUUCAAUAUUUGGUGCAAGCUGCACUUUAUACAUAUGAAGAUAUAAUCAGUGUCACCAAAAUAUUUAGUAAUAAUGGGCUGUAGAUGCAUUUAUAAAGAUUAUAUAAGUAACUAAACAGUGCCUUAGGUCUAAUGUUUUGCUGCCCAAGUAGAUUGAACAUGUAUAUUGUAUACUUUUAAGUUCUGAUUAUGAUGACAAAUUGGUAUUUAUGUAAUGAAACAUAUUCAUACAUGCCCAAUGGAAUGAUUUCAUAUCUAUGAUAUGAAAGUAUGUAUCAAUAUUAACAUUUUAGCUCCAUUUAGCAAUCAAAGUAGCAAAUAUAAUUCAAAUUUUCAAAAAUAAUCUCUAACCAAACUAUACUAUGAUGUACCUACUUAUACAUAGUUUAAUAGUUUUUAUGAAAUUAAUUGUGUAAAUCCAGAUGGACCAAUACUGCAUACUUGCACUGCACAGUAUGCCCAAAAAUCUGGUCCUCUGGCAGUAUUUAUUUUUCAAUUUAACUUGGGUUGUGCCAUUAAUGACAUAAUUUUAACUUUAUUCAUGGUUGUAUGAGAAAAAAAUACACAAUAAUGUUUAGCUUUUGCACAGCAGUGUGAUACUUUAAUACUACUUAAAAAUAAAAAUAAGUUUUUAGCCACUCUCACACACAACUAAGGUCCACAACUGAGUACAGCUGAUCAAUAAAUUUAAUCAAGUAAGAAACAUGUAGUUAUUGAACUGUUUGCAUAAUUCAUCAUCAUCAUCAUCAGCCUCAUACCAACCAAGGUGUGCCUUUCCCUGUUUUUCAUUGUUGGUAUGAUUUAUGUAUGAACGCAUAUAUACUUCUAGUGAUCCAUAUUCUGCUUGUGAUAAGUAAAUAGGUACUACUAAGCAUUUAAGCUUUACUGAGACAUGCAUCGUCAGCAUCUUAAUUAAGUUAACUAAAAUAUAAGGAUAUAUUUUAUACUUGUUUGCAAGCAAUUUAUAGGAAUAAAUGUUAUAUUAUAUUUA